UUUUUUUUAUUAUUCAAGAUUUGAAGGAAGAAUUGAAAUGUAUAUACAUUGAUAAUUUAAAAUGAAUAAAGUCCAAAUAUUUACCAUUUGACCGCCUUACACUAUUUAGUUUUGUGCCACAAUGAAGUACAUCCUGGUCACUGGUGGCGUCAUUUCAGGCAUCGGGAAGGGCAUCAUCGCCUCCAGUGUGGGAACCAUCCUCAAGUCAUGUGGUCUGCGUGUCACCGCCAUCAAGGUUGACCCCUACAUCAAUAUAGAUGCAGGGACCUUCUCUCCGUACGAGCAUGGUGAGGUGUUUGUGCUGGACGAUGGGGGUGAGGUGGAUCUGGACCUGGGGAACUACGAGAGGUUCCUGGACAUCAGACUGACCAAAGACAACAACCUGACCACCGGCAAGAUCUACCAGUCUGUCAUCAACAAGGAGAGGAAAGGAGACUACCUGGGAAAGACCGUACAGGUGGUGCCCCACAUCACUGAUGCGAUCCAGGAGUGGGUGAUGCGUCAGGCCAGAGUACCUGUUGACGAUGACGGUGUGGAGCCUCAGAUCUGUGUCAUCGAGCUAGGAGGCACUGUGGGAGACAUCGAGAGCAUGCCUUUCAUCGAAGCCUUCAGGCAGUUCCAGUUCAAGGUGAAGAGGGAGAACUUCUGUAACAUCCACGUCAGCCUGGUCCCACAGCCCAGUGCCACAGGAGAGCAGAAGACCAAACCCACUCAGAACAGUGUCAGAGAGCUCAGAGGACUCGGCCUGUCUCCUGAUCUGAUCAUGUGUCGCUGCUCCACUCCCCUGGAGAACUCUGUCAAAGAGAAGAUCUCCAUGUUCUGUCAUGUAGAACCUGAACAGGUGAUCUGCGUGGCAGACGUGUCGUCCAUCUACAGAGUGCCUCUGCUACUGGAGAACCAGGGGGUGGUGGGCUACUUCUGUCAGAGACUAGACCUUCCUAUAGAGACACGCCCCAGGAAGAUGCUCACCAAGUGGAAGGAGAUGUCUGACAGGUCAGACAGGCUCCUAGAGCAGUGUUCUAUAGCCCUGGUGGGGAAAUACACCAAGUUCACAGACUCCUACGCGUCAGUCAUCAAAGCGCUAGAACACUCGGCCUUAGCCAUCUGCCACAAACUGGAUAUCAAGUAUAUUGACUCAGCAGACCUGGAGCCAAACACACUGAAGGAGGAGCCUGUGAAGUACCAUGAGGCGUGGCAAAAACUCUGCAGUGCUGAUGGCAUCCUGGUACCUGGGGGGUUUGGAGUCAGAGGGACAGAGGGGAAGAUCCACGCCAUCAACUGGGCACGCAAACAGAAGAAACCUUUCCUAGGUGUGUGUCUAGGGAUGCAGCUGGCUGUGUGUGAAUUUGCCAGGAAUGUGCUAGAAUGGGAAGAUGCCAACUCUACAGAGUUUCAUCCCGAAUCAAAGCAUCCUGUUGUGAUUGACAUGCCAGAACACAAUCCUGGGCAGAUGGGUGGGACCAUGAGGCUGGGAAAGAGACGGACCAUUUUCAAGACCACCAACAGUAUACUAAGAAGACUUUACGGAGAUGCUGAGUACGUGGAUGAGAGACACCGACAUCGCUUUGAGGUGAACCCAGAGCUGAAGGAUCACUUUGAGGGGAAAGGCUUUCACUUCGUGGGUCAAGAUGUAGAAGGAGAGCGAAUGGAAGUCAUUGAGCUAGACGAUCAUCCGUAUUUCGUAGGGGUGCAGUAUCACCCUGAGUUCACCUCUCGCCCCAUCAAACCAUCGCCUCCCUACUUUGGCCUCCUGCUGGCAUCAGCCGGGAAACUACAGAGCUACCUACAGAAGGGUUGCUGUCUGUCUCCACGGGACACGUACAGUGAUCAGAGCGGCAGCAGCUCCCCAGACCCGGAAAUAACUGAGUCCUCACAGGAAUGUGUGUGACUGAGGGAAAGGAACAAUGAAGAGUUGAAACAGGAAAUCCAUUUCUAAAUGGAGGAUCAAGGGCUAAAUUAGCUCUUAAAGAUGUUUAUGCAUAUGCUGUGAAAUGUAACUGUCAUUUUGGGUCAAACAUGCCUCAAUACACUUACGCAGUACUAAAGA